GCGUGCGCACGUGCAUUUCCCAGCCGCCGAUCUCCGGCAGGAAGCCCCGCGACGCCGCGGAGUUAGCGAGCCGGCAUCGGAGGUUCCCACAGUGAAGUUAGCAAGCAGCGCCCGAAACAGGUCGCUUUUCCUGCGUUUCACCGCGCGGAGCAGGUCGCCAGACCCCGCGGCGGCAAAGGCUUCGCGCCCAAGUUCUCUUGGUGCGCGAUCGGGAGAUGGGAGGGCGGACUGGAAUUCCCGCAAACCGCCUUCCUGCCUACCCCGCCCCCGACCCAUUGAAAGAUGGGGCCAAAAAAGGCGUAGUGUCUGCUAGGCGAGGCUGAGGGUUCCUAGGUCCGUGUCUCUGCUCGAUUAAAGUAUGGUGCUGAAGUGCGAGUGCUUGUUGGAUGGGACUGUGGCCUUAGACAGACUGCACAGCAUCCUUCUCUUCCUAGAAGUUGCCCGUGUUGCCCUGAGGACAAGCCCUUGCAAUUGCGUAACUUUCCUUUUCUGUUUCUUCACAGGGCCACUAUGAACGCAGAGGAGCAGUUUGUAAACAUCGAUUUGAAUGAUGACAACAUUUGCAGUGUUUGUAAACUGGGGACCGACAGAGAAACCCUCUCCUUCUGCCAUAUUUGCUUUUUGGUUUUUGUCAGGUAAGAGGGAAUACCAAAAUCUAAUCUCUUGCACACCACAUCAUUAAGGGGCCAUAAAGACUGCUUUGAAAAAUACCAUUUGAUUGCAAACCAGGAUUGUCCUCGAUCUAAGCUUUCCAAAAAUACUUAUUAUGAAGACGUUAAAGCCAUUUUGAGUAAGAAGAUAAACUGGAUUGUACAGUACGCACAAAAUAAGGAUGUGGAUUCAGAUUCGGAGUGUUCUAAACCUCCCCAGCAUCACCUGUUUAAUUUCAGGCAUAAGCCGGAGAAAAAGCUGCUCCCACAGUUUGACUCCCAAGUACCAAAGUAUUCUGCAAAAUGGCUAGAUGGAAGUACGGGCGGCCUCUCAGACUGUACACAAAGAAUACUGCAGCAGAGGGAAAACUCAGACUUCGGGCUUGCUGUGUUACAAGGGUCGGGUGCCACUUUGUGCCACAAUAGUGUAUUGUGGCCUCCUAGUCGCAACCAGACACAGAAGAAGGAAGAGACCAUCUCUAAUCCAGAGGCGAGUGUCCGGACCCAGCAGCCACAUUACAGCAGGGAGGAGUUGAAUUCGAUGACUUCUGGUGAGGUAAAGCAACUGAAUGCAAAGCUCCAACAGCGAAUACAGGAAGUUUUUGAAGAGUUAACACGCCAAGUGCAAGAAAAAGAUUCUCUGGCCUCAGAGCUCCAUGUCCGCCACGUCGCCAUCGAACAGCUUCUCAAGAACUAUUCCAAGUUACCAUGUCUGCAAGUGGGGCGAACAGGAAUGAAGUCCCACCUGACAUGAGCAACGGAACUCAGCUUACACUCACUUCCUGGUCAGCCACUUGCAAUGUGGUCAUUAAGUUUGCAGAACUUCAAGGCAGUAUUGAACAUCUUCGUUAGAUAAAGCGGAUCGUCGCACUCUAGUCUUCUAGGGUUCAUCAUUUUGGUUUACCUGGGGAAUUUUUUCCCCCAUAAUGACUAAGUGGUCCUCCCUAACUUUUACCACAUGUGACUAUUUAAAUAUACUGUUACAGUGUGAUUUUAUGAAACGUAGUUUAAUGUAAUUCACCUCUCAAACCAAUGGAAGGUUAACAACACCUUAGAUUAGCCUGAACUACUAAAGAUAAAAAUUUUAAGAGGGAAGUUAAAUUCAUAAUGUCACCUCUUAUUUAUUAUGAGCAAUAUUUUAAUAUGAAAAUUUUAUAUAUAAAAAUGCUAUUUUAGGUACCUUUCCAUUCUCUUUAUAAAUGUGUAUUUGAAUGGCUCUGUGUAUUAUAUUUACACUUUCAUGUGUGAAUAUCUUACCCAUGUUUCAGAUCGUACUGCAUUUUAUUCUCUUACUACACUGCUUUUACAACUGUUACCUUGUUUUCCAAAGAUAAAUGUAUUUUGGAGUAGAAAUCUAUCUAGUUGAGUUGUUUGACUUCUGAUAACUCUUAUAAAGAGGAAUUAAUACCUUUUUAAAGCAAAUAUCCAAGAAAAUAAAAUAUAUAAUUUUUUCUAACAAAAGCAGUUCUGAGUUUGUUCAGGAAGAAAAUGCUAAUCUAGCUUUUGUAUGUCAACAAGUCUACAUAAAAGUUAGAGCCUCUUCUGUUUCAUUAUUAGUUUCAUUCUACUGACUUUGAUGUGUUAGAAUUUGGACAGAGUAAGUCAAGCCUCACUUGUAAGGCAAAUGGAUUAUCUUCAAAUUGAAUAUACCUUUAAAUUUUUGCCCUGUCUUUGAAAAAAAUUGAAAUUAUUUUGUGUGCCACUUCA